ACAUGAAUCUGGAGCGGCUGAGGAAGCGGGUGCGGCAGUACAUAGACCAGCAACAAUAUCAAAGUGCUCUAUUUUGGGCAGACAAAGUAGCUUCAAUGUCUCAUGAGGAACCACAGGACAUCUAUUGGCUGGCCCAGUGUCUUUACCUAACGGCUCAGUACCACAGGGCAGCACAUGCCCUUCGAUCAAGAAAGCUAGAUAAGUUGUAUGAAGCAUGUCGAUACCUUGCAGCUAGGUGUCAUUAUGCUGCAAAAGAGUAUCAGCAGGCUCUUGAUAUUCUUGACAUGGAAGAACCAAUCAAUAAAAGACUGUUUGAAAAAUAUUUGAAGGAUGAAAGUGGGCUGAAAGACUGUUCUAAUGACUGGGAGGUUUCACAAUCUUCAAUCAAGAGCUCUAUAUGCCUUUUGCGGGGAAAGAUUUACGAUGCUCUUGAUAAUAGAACCCUGGCAACAUUCAGCUACAAAGAGGCCCUCAAACUCGAUGUUUACUGCUUCGAAGCAUUUGACCUUUUAACGUCACACCACAUGCUGACAGCACAAGAAGAAAAAGAACUUCUUGAAUCGCUACCUCUUGGGAAACAGUGCACAGAAGAAGAACAAGUAUUGCUGCAUUUUCUGUUUGAGAACAAACUAAAAAAGUAUAAUAAACCAAGUGAAACGUUGAUUCCUGAAUCAGUAGAUGGUCUUCAAGAUAAUCUGGAUGUAGUCGUAUCUUUAGCUGAAAGACAUUACUAUAACUGCGAUUUCAAAAUGUGCUACAAGCUAACUUCUGUAGUAAUGGAAAAAGAUCCCUUCCAUGCAAGUUGUUUGCCUGUGCAUAUUGGGACGCUUGUAGAGCUGAAUAGAGCAAACGAGCUGUUCUACCUUUCCCAUAAACUGGUGGAUUUGUACCCAAAUAAUCCUGUCUCUUGGUUUGCAGUAGGAUGCUACUAUCUCAUGGUUGGCCAUAAAAAUGAACAUGCCAGAAGGUAUCUUAGCAAAGCCACUACACUUGAGAGAACAUAUGGUCCAGCAUGGAUAGCAUAUGGGCACUCGUUUGCCGUUGAAAGUGAGCACGACCAAGCAAUGGCUGCAUACUUCACAGCAGCCCAGCUGAUGAAAGGCUGCCACUUGCCAAUGCUCUAUAUUGGGCUGGAAUAUGGUUUGACCAACAAUUCAAAAUUAGCGGAACGGUUUUUCAGCCAAGCUUUGUGUAUUGCACCCGAAGAUCCUUUUGUUAUGCAUGAAGUCGGGGUGGUAGCAUUUCAGAAUGGAGACUGGAAGACUGCAGAAAAGUGGUUUCUCGAUGCAUUAGAGAAAAUCAAAGCCAUUGGAAAUGAGGUGACAGUUGAUAAGUGGGAACCUUUAUUGAAUAACUUAGGACAUGUGUGCAGGAAACUAAAGAAGUAUGAAGAAGCUCUUGAAUAUCAUCGCCAGGCUCUAGUGCUGAUUCCUCAGAAUGCUUCUACAUAUUCUGCCAUUGGAUACAUACAUAGUUUGAUGGGAAACUUUGAAAGUGCCAUUGAUUAUUUUCAUACAGCCCUUGGUCUUAGGAGGGACGAUACCUUUUCAGUUACAAUGCUUGGACAUUGCAUAGAAAUGUAUAUUGGUGAUUCUGAAGCUUACAUUGGGACUGCAAUUAAGGAUAAAUUAAGGUGCUAUGACUUUGAUGUGCAUACAAUGAAGACACUGAAGAACAUCAUUUCACCUGCAUGGGACGUAUUGGAAUUUGAUAUAGAAAGGCAAACUCUAGAAGAAAGUAGCAUCAUGGCGCUUGAAGCACCACAUCAGAGGAAAACGGCAGAAGCACCUCCUCCAUUAGACGAAACUUUUGAAAUUGAAAUGAAUGAAAGCGAUAUGAUGCUAGAAACAUCAAUGUCAGAUCACAGUACGUGACUCUAAAA